UUCUUAACGAGACAAUGAUUCACUAAACUCCUGCACGCUGCAGAAGUAUUACGCAAGUCUUUCAAAUUCAAAACCCUUUCCCUUUUUCGCUUACUAAAUUAUUCAGCGAAAGUUGGAGAAAUUAUCGCCACCACCUCCGCCUCCGCCGCUGAAGCUGGAAGCAGGGGAAGGACAGGAAUGGAGGAGAGCGGAAUCUCAAACAAUGUGGCUCGAGCCAUAACCGCCGCACUCGACUGGACCUCCUCUCCCGAUGCUCGCGCCGCCGCUCACUCAUACUUAGAAACUAUAAAAGCUGGAGACACGCGUGUGCUGGCAAGUACCUCGUUUGUUUUGGUCAAGCGAGAUUGGUCACCCGAAAUCCGACUGCAUGCUUUUAAAAUGCUCCAGCAUCUGGUGCGAUUACGUUGGGAAGAACUAAGCCCUGUGGAAAGGAGGCACUUUGCAAAUGUAGCUGUUGAUUUGAUGUCAGAAAUUGGCAACCCUUGUGAAGAGUGGGCUUUGAAAAGCCAGACAGCUGCUCUUGUUGCUGAGAUAGUCAGGAGAGAAGGCCCGACUCUAUGGCAGGAGCUUUGGCCAUCUAUAGUUACACUCUCGAACAUGGGUCCUAUACAGGCUGAGCUGGUACUAAUGAUGCUAAGGUGGCUUCCAGAAGAUAUCACUGUACACAAUGAGGAUUUAGAAGGGGAUAGGCGCAGGAUGUUACUACGAGGGCUAAGUCAGUCUUUGCCAGAAAUAUUUCCUCUGUUGUUCACUAUGCUAGAGAAGCACUACGGAGCUGCAUUGAUGGAAGCUGGUCGGCAGCAAAUGGAUGUUGCAAAGCAGCAUGCAGCAGCACUAAUAGCUGCUAUAAAUGCUGUUAAUGCAUAUGCUGAGUGGGCUCCUUUAUCUGAUCUUGGAAAAUAUGGAAUUAUAUAUGGUUGCGGGUUCUUACUCUCUUCUCCAGAUUUUCGCCUUCAUGCAUGCGAGUUUUUUAAAAUUGUUGCAGCAAGGAAAAGGCCUCUAGAUGAUGGUUCUGACUUUGAUACUGCAAUGAAAGUUGUUUCUGAGACCUUGAUGAAUGCCAGCAAAGAUUUUCUUAACAAAUCAAAUAGUGUUGUCAGCAAUGAGAGUGAAUUCGAGUUUGCCGAAUAUAUAUGCGAAAGCUUGGUUUCAUUGGGUUCCACAAACUUGCAAUGUCUUACUGCUGAUAGCACAUCUCUCACAUUUUAUCUUCAACAGAUGCUGGGGUUUUUCCAACACUCAAAAUUGGCACUUCACUACCAUUCUCUACUGUUUUGGCUGUCAUUUAUGCGGGACAUAUUGUCCAAAUCUAAGACUGGUUUGGUUGAUGACCCAAACACUAGUACUGGACGAACUGAAAACGAAAAGGCAAGGUUACUAGCGUUAGUAACUGAUGAUAUAUGCAGUGCCAUUUUAGUGACAUCCUUCAAACGGAUGCUGAAGAAAGAAAAUGUCUACACUGAGAUGACACCGACUGUUGGAACAUUAGAGCUCUGGAGUAAUGAAUUUGACAACAAAAUAGAUUUUAGUAACUACCGCUCACGUCUGUUGGAAUUGAUCCGUUUUUUCACAUCCACCAAGCCACUUUUAGCUGCUGCUAAAGUUUCGGAGAGAACUACUGCAGCUAUAAAGAACCUGAUGGUUGCUUCCUCGUCUACUAAAGACUUGGCCAUAAUGGAGAGCAUGCAUUUGGCUUUGGAAAAUAUUGUCGUAACUAUUUUUGAUGGAUCAAAUGAAUAUAGCAAGAUCAGCCCUGACCUUCAGCAUUCAUUACGUCAAACUUUGGAAGGCCUGCUUCAACAACUUAUAUCCCUGAAAUGGACUGAACCAACUAUGGUGGAAGUUCUGGGUCACUAUUUAGAUGCAUUGGGUCCUUUCCUGAGGUACUAUCCCGAUGCUGUUGGCAGUGUAAUCAAUAAACUAUUCGAACUAUUAACAUCCCUACCUGCCAUGGUCAAGGAUCCUUCGACAAGUGCUGCCCGGCGUGCAAGAUUGCAGAUAUGUACAUCCUUCAUUCGAAUUGCUAAGGCUGCUAACGAAAGCCUCUUACCUCACAUGAAGGGAAUUGCUGACACUAUGAUGUAUUUGCAAACAGAAGGUGUUCUACUGCGUGCAGAACAAAAUAUUCUAGGUGAAGCAUUUCUUAUUAUGGCUUCAUCUGCUGGGACUCAGCAACAACAGGAAGUUUUGCUCUGGUUGCUUGAGCCUUUGAGCAAACAAUGGACUCAGCUGGAGUGGCAAGAGGCAUAUUUGACUAAUCCGACCAAUUUAGUACACCUUUGUGCUGAUACACGGUUUAUGUGGUCAAUAUUUCACAUAGUGACAUUCUUUGAGAAGGCACUUAAGCGGAGUGGUUACAGAAAAGGUAGUUUGAGUAUAGAAAACAGUUCGAAAACAACUCCUGAUGCUCAUCCAAUGGCUUGCCAUCUCCUAUGGAUGAUGCCGCCUCUGCUUAAACUGCUUCGUUCAAUACAUUGCCUUUGGUCUCCGCCUGUUACUCAAGUGCUUCCUGGAGAAAUGAGGGCAGCAUUAGGUAUGAGUGAUGCUGAAAAAAUCGGUCUUCUUGGAGAAGGAAAGCAUAAAUUGCCCAAGGGUUCGUUGACAUUUAAUGAUGGAUAUCCGUCUGAUAUCAGCAAAGAAGCUUAUUCAGAGGCUAGUGGAAAUGACAUACGAAAUUGGUUGAAGGGAAUACGAGAUAGCGGGUACAGCAUAUUAGGUUUAUCUGCAACGCUUGGAGAUUCCUUUUUCAGAUCCAUAGACUCUCAUUCUGUUGUUGUCUCAUUGAUGGAAAACAUACAGCACAUGGAGUUCAGGCAUAUAAAGCAGCUUGUGCACUCGGCUUUAAUUCCAUUGGUUAAAUGCUGCCCCUCAGAUCUGUGGGAGGUUUGGCUAGAAAAGCUCUUGCAUCCAUUACUUCUCCAUGUACACCAGGCUCUGAGUAGUUCGUGGUCUAGUUUAUUACAAGGUGGGAAGGCAAAGGUUCCUGACUUGAGUGGCAUAGUUGUGGGGUCAGACUUAAAAGUGGAAGUCAUGGAGGAAAAGCUUCUUAGGGAUCUAACACGUGAGAUGUGUUCCCUUCUUUCUGUUCUAGCUUCUCCUGGACUCAAUGCUACAGUUCCAUCCUUGGAGCAGGUUGGUCAAAUGAACCACACAGAAGAUUCUUGUAAGAGAGACCUAAAUGCAUUUGCUUGCAGUUCUAUGGUUGGAUUUGUAUUGCAUAACAAAAGUCUUGCAGUUCCAGUCUUAAAAAUAUGCGUUGAAGCACUUGGUUGGAGCGAUAGUGAAUCUAUGUCUAAAGUUUCUACAUUUUGUGGCUUAGUAGUUCUCCUUGCAGUUUCAACAAAUAAUGUGGAGCUCAGACAAUUCGUAUGCAAAGAUUUGUUUUCUGCUAUAAUCCAGGGUCUAACCCUCGAGUCCAAUGCUUUUGUAAGCGCUGACUUAGUUGGUCUCUGUCGUGAAAUCUUUGUGUACCUGUCUAAUCGAGAUCCAUCACCCAGGCAGAUUCUGCUCUCUCUCCCUUGUAUUACCCAACAAGAUUUAUUUGCUUUUGAAGAAGCUUUGUCGAAGACGGGUAGCCCCAAGGAGCAAAAGCAGCACAUGAAAAGUCUUUUGAUUAUGGCAACAGGAAACAAGUUGAAGGCUCUUGCAACUCAAAAAGGUGUAAAUGUCAUCACGAAUGUCACAACGAGGUUCCGCACAUUGGAUGCAGCUCCACAAUCAAACCAUGAUGAAGAAGAUCGCAUUGGAUUGGCUGCAAUCACAUAAACGGAUUCUUUUGCUGCAUAUUUUGUCACAUAGGUUCUACUUUUGUUCUGGAGAGAUGCCCCAGUGUGGAAAUAGUCCAACAAUUAUAUAUGUAAAUCUGGUACAUGCUAGUGGCUAAUUAGUGAGAUUUCACACCA